AUGAGCAUCAACUGGCACUAUUUCAAAGUCAUGAAUCGCAGACCGGUGGUCACUAUCCCCCGUGCUGCUGCUGGUGGGAUCACUGAUUUGUAUGAUUUCACUAACUUCAAGGCUGAUAACCGUAAGUACGGAUAGAACGGCAGAGCCUGGAGAGCUGAAGAACUGAGACUUAAAUCUCAUGAUGAUUUGCACAAGCUUUGGUAUGUCUGCUUGAAGGAAAAGAACAAGCUUAAGGGUGAUUUCGUCGCGUCUCUAUAGCUUGGACAGGUGUUUUAUGGUCAUCAAGAUUUGGUUAAGGUUAGACUUACUAUGGCAAGACUUUUAACUGUUGUUAACGAGAGAAAGAAGCUAAGAAACGAAUAUAGAAAGCACCUUGAAGAUCAAUAUAUCUCGUAAAAGAAGUAAGAAGAGCUUGAAACAUAAAAAGUUGAGUUGCAAAGGCUUAAAGACUUAGGUAUUAAGGUACCUCCCACUCCUGAUGAGCUUAAAUAAAUUAUUUUGGAAAGAGCAGCAAAGAGAAAAGAGAGUUAUGAGAAGGUCUUAAAUGAAAUCAAAGAAAAAUCACAAAGCGAAGGAGUCGCUAUUGCCCCAAUGAUUGAUGACAGUGAUUUGUAAUUGGUAGCCCAAACUUAAUCCGAUUUAUCUUAAGGCGAUAUCCUUAGGAUGUACGUGAAAAAUUCUGGUUAGCUUGACUUGAAACAGAGACGUAAGGUUGUUGCAGCUUUAUAAGCUUAAAGAGCAAUGCAUGCUAAAGAGAUAUUCUUGAAAGAAUUAUCUGCUUUAGGUAGGAAAAUGUCAAAGCAAGACUUUGCCAAAGAUGAAAGUUCAAGAAUUAAAAACAAGAAAGAUCCAUUAAAGCUUAAGUUAGAGUCUCUAACACUUCAAGACGUUCAAACAAAUAAUAAAAGCUAAAAAUCAGCUUAAUGA